GGUCACAAGUGUUAAGGAAACCAUGUCAAGAUUUAUAGUGUAUGUGGCAUAAGUGCAUUCCUUUUGCAGGGUGAAGUUACAGGAAGUCAGUAGGUUCCAAAACUGCAAGAGCAUAAUUCCUUCAUAUUUUCAGUUCUUUAACUGGGUUAUCAUCUCUACAAGCACAGGACUCCAGCUUAUGAAGCAGAUGCAAAGAUGACCGUUGAGUACCAUGCCUCUACAGUGACAAACAUGGACGUCGAAGACAGUAAAAUUGGAUAUAGGCAGCUUUUAUCAGAUGGAAGCAAGUUCCGCUAUUCAGCUUAUGUGCUGAGAAACAGCCCUUACAGGAUUGCUACCGUUUGCCUUGGGCUCCUGUGUGCUCUCCUGGUGGUUGGUGCCAUAGGUCAGAGUGUCCACCACCAAAGAGUAGAGCAAGAGCAACACAACAACCUAAAAGCUGUGGUUAAAGAGAAAGAGAACCUACAGGAGAACCUGAAGACAGUGCAGAGAGAGAAACGGAAUCUUGAAGUCAUCCGUGAUCAACUACAGGAAAACGUUAAAUACAUAUCUAAAAGGAGAGAGCAACUAGAGGCAAAUAACGGGUUAUUGACUGAAGAGACACAAAACCUUAAACUUAGCCAAAGCCAGUUACAGACCAGUAACACUGCUUUAAAUAAAGAAACUGAACAGCUCAGAGCAAGUAAAACACAGUUGGCUGCCAAUAACAAUGCCUUGUCUACAGCCAAAGACUUGUUACAAAAGCAAUAUGAUUCAGUAGUCAAGCGCAAAAAUGAGUUACAAGCCAAUUAUGAUUCAGUGACCAGUGAGAAGAACAAUUUACAGAACAAAUUCAAUAAUGUAACCAAAUCAAAAGAGCACCUGCAGAUGAGUUACAAUGACUUGAUUAAGAACCUAGAACAUCUACAGGACAGAUACAACUUCUCUAACAAUGAGAAAGACAAGCUGGCAAGCAGUCACCAAAACCUGACAUUAGAAAAAGACACUCUGCAAGCCACUUUCAUUACGCUUAAAAAAGCGACAGAUGAGUUGCGGGCUAGUUAUGAAUCUUUGGUUCAGGAAAAAAAUGAGCUUGAAAGCAACUGCAAAAAUGUGACCAUGGAGAGAGACCUGCUGAAGGUGAAAAUCGACAAUCUGACUGUUGAGAGAGAUCUUCUACAGGGGCAGACUGUGAAACUGAAUGCAACGAUUCAAGAUAAGAAGUGUCCCACUGGCUGGCAGAAGUUUCAGUACAGCUGCUACUUCACUUCUGUUGGCAAGAAAAACUGGCUGCAGAGCAGAGAGUACUGUCAAAACAAAGGAGCAGACCUGGCAAUCAUAAACAGCAGAGAUGAAAUGACUUUCAUCAACGGCUUGUAUGGAAGUGAGAAAGAAGUCUGGAUUGGAUUGACCGAUGAAGGAGUAGAAGGGGAGUGGAAGUGGGUGGAUGGGACCCCACUGACUACAGCGUACUGGGGUAAAGACCAGCCCAACAGCUAUAAUGGGAGAAACCAGGACUGUGUGGAGUUCUGGCACCGUGCAACAGGGAAAGGCGACUGGAAUGAUGAGAACUGUAAUAUAGAGCAAAACUGGAUCUGUGAAAUGUAGAUUUCCUGUACAGAGAGGGUCAGAGCUUUGAUUAGCAAUGCUGGCCACUCUCUGGCACGAAUAAUCAUUAUGUAAUAUCAGCAUAGUACAAAAAAAUGUCAGUGAAUUAUAAAAUUAUAAAAUAACUGGAAUAUUACACACACUGUUUGCUUAGAAAUCAAUGUUAUGUGACUAUUUUACACACAGUGACGCACAGCACUGCUAACAGCUAAAGCCUGAAAUGGGUUGUUUUGCAAUGAAUAAUGUGUUAUGAAGUUAAAAUUAGCAGACUGCCCAGCUGGUGCGAGAGCAGAUACAGGUAGAUGUAGGUUGUUUGGAGCCAGCUUGGUGGGGGGACUGAGAUUUCCAUAGAUAUCUGUACAUACUAUAGAAACAACUCUGUGUAAUAGUAAUACAGUGUGAAUAACGUGUGCCUCUGAUGAUUAGAGAUCCAAUAACUGGACAUUUUAAUGAAUGAUGACUGAUAUAUAAUUUACAGUUUACCCAUAUACAGAAAAAGACACAUCCACACUAUGUCAAGCUAAUUUUCUACUCUGAUUAGUUGAUUCAUAUACUCAUGAAUGCAUUUCCCAAGAGCUGUACCCAUUCAUUGUUUACUGACGUUAGCUCUUUCGUACUUGGUUAUCAUUGCUUCUUGUGUGACCAGGAGGCCAUUAGGUAUACACAGUAUAAGUGGUUCACACUGAUUCAGGGGAAAUGGCCCCAGCAAUAAACAAACUAUAUUACCACUGUAUUAUUAAUAUCUAUUGAAAUGGUGAUAUUACUACUGAACUCUACAUGUGACAAAAGGCUUCAAUAUCCUAAAGAAACUCAUUUUAAAUAUUAUUUCAUAUAUUCUGUUAAUUACCUUCUAAACUCAGUAUGAUUCACCUGUGUAGAUCUGUUUGCACCAUUUACAGCUAUUAAAAUACUUAGGAGUUCAAGUCA